UAGAGUUUAUAAUGUGGAAAAAUCAAUGCAAUUGCGGUCCAAUGCUGUUGCAGAGAUAUCGUAGCCGUAAUUUAAAACCAAUGAUGAUAUUGUAAUGCAUAAUUUUGUUAACAAUUGUGAAUGUGUUUGUGAUUGAUUAGGAUGGAGUCACAGAUUAAGCAUGCUGUUGUUGUGAAAGUUAUGGGACGUACCGGAUCAAGAGGGCAGGUUACUCAGGUUAGAGUGAAGUUUUUGGAUGAUCAGAAUCGGCACAUCAUGAGGAAUGUGAAAGGACCAGUUAGGGAGGGAGACAUCCUCACUCUUCUUGAAUCCGAGAGAGAAGCAAGAAGACUCAGAUAUAUGAAUCUUUUGUUGCAAGUUUUUAUGAAACAUUGCUUGUUAUUUCUUUAGCUUUUCAU